AUGCCACCAGCGUUGGACUGCACUGACUUUGAUUUCUCACUUGGCGAGGAGGAGGUGGCCUUUGGCCCCUGCACCCCGCAGCUGGAGAGCAGCCUGCUGGCGCACAUGCCCCCCCAGUGCCUGCCUUCCCCCAGGUCAUGCUGGCGGGACUUGGCCAAUGAGCACCAGAAAGCCCUGGGAGAUGCUCUGGAGGCAAACAGCCAGCUGCAGGAGACCCUUGCGCAGAGGCAGGAAGAGUUGGUGACACUGCGGGAAAGCAACGUGCAGCUGAAGGAGUUGGCGAGCCAGGCCAGGCAGCUGGCUGCUGUCCUUGAAACGCUGAUGCUCCCGCAGGGCACCGACGGGGCGGGCGUUCCUCCUCCUCCUCCUCUUCACCCUUCCGCUGCCGCCGCCGUCCCGGCGGGGGCCUGGAGCGGUCGCGGGCGGCCGGAGCGGCGGGAGCGGGCGGCGGGCGUGGAUGCCAUGCUGCGGGACGUGUCGGAGAGGUGCCGCGCCGCCCUGCAGAGCCUGGGGGGCGGCUCGGGGGGCGGCUCGGGGGGGGACAGCCCCUCUGCCAAGCGCCCUCGGGCAGCCCCGCGGCUGCACGGCGCUUUCCGCGGGCUGCGCACGGGCCUUGCGGAGCCCGUCCCCGCGGGGCUGGAGGGAGGCGGCAGCCUGCGGGCCGCCCUGGGCCAGGCGGGCGGCAUCCGCACCCUCGCCUUCCCGCAGGGCAACGCCUUCACGCUGCGCACCGGCGGCGGGUACCGGUUCCGAUGGGUGCCGCGCUGA